AUGGGAGCAACUCUCUCACAUCGCCUCGCAGAUGGAUGCGAGAAGGUCAUUUACCACGCGGGUCGUUGCCUGACACAACCACAAAAGAACUACAGCAAGAUUGAAAAGGAAGCACUCGCUCUUAUUUUCGCCGUGCAGAAGUUUCAUUGUUCCAUCCAAGGACGACAUUUCACGCUAAGGACUGACCACAAACCACUUUUGGCAAUCUUCGAAAGUAAAGAGGAGUUCCGGUCUCCAGUGCCAAGCGUCUUCAGCGGUGGGCCACGAUGUUGCUCACCUACAGUCAUGGCCGUAACCAAACUCGCAGUGGACUCAAGUUCAUGUUGA